GAUGAUGAUGAUGAUGAUGAUGAUUUGGAUGAUGAUGAUGAUGAUGAUUGGGAUGAUGAUGAUGAUGAUGAUGAUUUGAUGAUGAUGAUGAUGAUGAUGAUGAUGAUGAUGAUGAUGAUGAUGAUGAUGAUGAUGAUGAUUAGGAUGAUGAUGAUGAAUCUGAUGAUGAUGAUGAUGGAUGAUGAUGAUGAUGAUGAUGAUGAUGAUGAUGAUGAUGAUUCGGAUGAUGAUGAUGAUUCGGAUGAUGAUGAUGAUUCGGAUGAUGAUGAUGAUGAUGGUGAGGAUGAUGAUGAUGAUGAUGAUGAUGAUGAUGAUUCUGAUGAUGAUGAUGAUGAUGAUGAUUGA